AUGCCCUCAGCCGAUAUAAUGGACGCCGCACCUACGAACGCGGCUACACAAAAGAGCGAAAAUCAGAAGUCAGCAAAAGUGCUCGACGAACUUCUCGCCAAACUCUCCAUUUCCAAAACCGCAGACCAGACAAGCGAGGCCGCUGGUAACAUCGCUUCCUUCAUCAAUGGCAACAUUGAAGAAGCAGAUGCGCCCACAAGGACUGUCGAAGGCCUGAAAAAGCAGCUCGCAAACAAGAAAGAUGCUGGGGCCCGAGAAAGAGGUCUCUCCACCAUACAAGCCAUAGCACAGCACUCUACGGUCUCACCCAAUGUCGAGCCAUAUCUGGUCGUGCUUAUGGCACCCACUCUCUCAGCCGUUGGUGACAAGAUGACUCCAGUGAAGACGCAAGCACAGAGUGCAGCAGUCGCAAUCGCAAAAGCGAUCAACGCCAAUGCUAUCAAGGCUCUCAUUCCCAUAAUAAACAACUCCCUCAGGACAGCUCAGAAGUGGCAAGAAAAGAUGACCUGCCUACAGUGUAUCGAGACCCUCGUCGAAAGUGCUCCCACUCAGCUAGCACUGCGCGUUCCAGACCUACUUCCAGUAGUUUCGGAAGCCAUGUGGGACACUAAAGCCGAAGUAAAGAAGGCCGCCUAUGGCACUAUGGAGAAAAUCUGCAACUUGAUCAGCAACAAAGAUAUCGAGCGUUUCAUUCCCGAACUCAUUAAGUGCAUAGCCAAGCCCGAGAACGUGCCUGAGACUGUACAUUUGCUUGGUGCGACUACCUUCGUCACCGAUGUUCAUGAACCAACCCUCGCUAUUAUGGUCCCUCUCCUAGAGCGUGGACUCAACGAGCGCGAAACAGCGAUCAAGAGAAAGGCUGCCGUGAUUGUCGACAACAUGUGCAAACUUGUGGAGGAUCCUAACAUUGUUGCAUCUUUCCUACCAAAGCUGAUGCCCGCUCUGCAAAAGAACUUUGAUAAUAUGGCAGAUCCUGAAGCGCGUGAGAAGACAAAACAAGGUCUUGAGACUCUAGUUCGUGUUGGAAAUGUGAAGGAUGGGAAAAUCCCAGAAGUCUCACACGCUGGUGACAUAUCAACCGUCUCUGCCAUCUUGAAGCAGAUUCUUGAGCCUUCACACAAAGAUGCCGCGACCAAAUUUGUUCCGGUCAUCGAAUAUAUUUCCGCCAUCUCCGGCCAGCUUAUUGAUGAGAAAGAAAACGAUUCUACCAGCUGGGUGGACAACACACUCCCCUACAUUACGGCCAUCGUUGGAGAGACAGAUGCGAAAGGCACUGCAGACGCUCUGCGAAAGCGUGCUUCCCCCGGUGCCGUUGACGAAGAAGAGUCUGAAGAAGAUGAGGAAGAAGGCGAGGACCUUUGCAACUGCACUUUCAAUCUUGCCUACGGCGCAAAGAUUCUACUCAACCAGACCCAUCUACGCCUCAAGCGGGGCCAGAGAUAUGGCCUCCUGGGCCCCAAUGGUUCCGGCAAGUCAACUCUUAUGCGCGCUAUCAACAAUGAACAGGUUGAGGGGUUCCCCAAGCAGAGUGAAGUCAAGACUGUCUUCGUUGAGCAUGACCUUGAUUCUGCGGAUACGGAACAAACGGUCAUUGGCUGGACUGUCAAGAAAUUGGCUGAUGUCGGUAUUACACUCGAGAAAAAUGAAGUUGAAGCUAGAUUGGAGGAGUUUGGGUUUUUCAGAGAGCAAUUUGAAGGACCUAUCACCUCUCUUUCCGGGGGCUGGAAGAUGAAGCUGGCUUUGGCUCGUGCCGUAUUCGAGGCACCAGAUAUUCUGCUUCUCGACGAGCCCACAAACCACUUGGACGUGAAGAACGUAAAGUGGCUUGAGGAAUAUCUUACUAAUUCUCCUUGCACUUCGAUCAUCGUUUCGCACGAUAGCAAAUUCUUAAACCACGUCAUUCAACACGUCAUUCAUUAUGAGCGCUUCAAGCUUCACCGAUACCGAGGGAAUCUGGACGGGUUCAUCAAGAAAGUCCCAUCUGCGAAAUCAUAUAAUGAGCUCAGUGCGUCGGAGAUCGAGUUUAAGUUCCCUGAGCCAGGGUUUCUGGAAGGUGUUAAGACAAAGGCAAAGGCUAUCGUCCGCGUCAGCAACAUGACGUUUCAAUACCCUGGUACAUCCAAGCCUCAGGUUUCAGACAUCACAUUCCAAUGUUCUCUGGGCUCCCGUAUCGCUGUCAUUGGCCCAAAUGGUGCUGGCAAAUCGACCUUGAUCAACGUCCUGACUGGUGAGCUCCUGCCUACGACUGGUGACGUAUAUACGCACGAAAAUAUCCGGAUAGCCUACAUCAAGCAGCACGCUUUCGCCCACAUCGAUCAUCAUCUUGACAGCACCCCGUCUGAAUACAUACAAUGGCGGUUCCAAACUGGCGAGGAUCGCGAGACUAUGGAUCGGGCCAACAAGAUAGUCACUGAUGAAGACAAGGAAGCAGAGAAGAAAAUAUAUAAGAUCGACGGCUCACAACGACGAGUGACUAGCGUGCUCUCGCGAAGGAAAUUCAAAAACUCUUAUGAGUAUGAAUGCUCAUUCAUGCUCGGAGAAAAUGUUGGCCAGAAGAAUGAGAAAUGGAUUCAAAUGAUGACAGCUGACAACGCUUGGAUCCCACGUAGCGAGAUCAUCGUCUCCCACACCAAAGCAGUUGCUGACGUCGACCAGAAGGAGGCGUUGGCGAGCGGUCAAUUCCGGCCUCUAGUACGAAGGGAGAUUGAACAACAUUGUGCCUACUUCGGACUGGAUGCUGAGCUGGUCUCGCACUCCCGGAUGCGUGGCUUGUCAGGCGGUCAGCGUGUCAAGGUCGUGCUAGCAGCAUGCUCAUGGCAGAGGCCUCAUCUAAUCGUUCUUGACGAGCCCACCAACUACCUCGAUCGCGAUUCCUUGGGUGCAUUGUCCAAGGCCCUCAAGGCAUUUGAGGGCGGUGUCAUCAUCAUCACCCAUUCAUCUGAAUUCACACAAAAUCUAACGGAAGAGGUCUGGGCCGUUAUGGACGGUAAAAUGACACCAUCUGGCCACAACUGGGUCCAAGGCCAAGGCGCUGGCCCACGCUUAAAGGGUGAGACUGAAGAGGAAGAACGCUUCGAUGCCAUGGGCAACAAGAUCGACAGCACGAAGAAGAAGGCCAAGCUCACGUCGAGCGAGCUCCGCAAAAAGAAGAAGGAUCGUAUGGCCAAGCGGAAGGCGGGCAUCGAAGUCUUUUCAGACGAAGACUAG